GGUCAGAAGACGAGAAGCGAUGUUCCGGAACCAGUAUGACACGGACGUGACGGUGUGGAGCCCCCAAGGCCACCUCCACCAGAUCGACUACGCCAUGGAGGCCGUCAAGCAGGGUUCGGCCUGCCUCGGCCUGCGCUCUGCCACCCACGUCGUCCUCGCCGGCAUCAAGCGCGUCAACGCCGAGCAGCUCGCGGACCCGCAGAAGAAGCUCUUUGAGAUCGACUCGCACAUGGGCAUGGCCAUCGCCGGCUUGACCGCCGACGCGCGCUCGCUUGCGCGCUUCAUGCGCACCGAGUGCCUCAACCACAAGUUCGUCUACGGCAGCGCGCUGCCCGUGGCGCGCCUCGUGGCCGACGUCGCCGACAAGAAGCAAGAAUGCACACAGUCGUACGUGCGCCGCCCGUACGGCGUGGGCCUCCUCGUCGCCGGUGUUGACAAAAACGGCCCGCACCUCUUCCAGACGUGCCCGUCGGGCAACUACUACGAGUACAACGCGAUCGCGAUCGGCGCGCGCUCGCAGUCGGCGCGGACAUACUUGGAGAAGCACUUUGAGACGUUCCCGAACAGCUCCAAGGACGACUUGAUCAAGCACGCGCUGCAGGGCAUCCGCGGUUGCCUCGAAGGCAGCCAGGAACUCUCGGCGUCCAACGUUACGAUUGCGGUUGUCGGCGCCGACCAAAAGUUCAUCUUGAUCGAAGGCGCAGACUUGCAGCCUUAUAUUGAUGCGGUCGAGGUCUCUGAGAUCUCGGAAGACGCGCCCAUGUAAAGCGCGCUCCGACAAUCGACGACGGCCAACGGCAAGCACCAGUAGUAGAUGCGAUGGUGUGUUGACUGCUUAAAUACGCUAUGAUGCUUUGGCCUCGUCC